AUGGAAGGUUUAUAUUUUAACAUCAAUAAUGGUUAUGUUGAAGGUGUUGUACGUGGGUAUAAAUCAGGUUUAUUAACUUCAAGUCAAUAUAUUAAUUUAACUCAAUGUGAUAAUUUAGAAGAUUUAAAAUUACAAUUAUCUUCAACUGAUUAUGGUAAUUUUUUACAAAAUUAUUCUGGUCCUUUAAGUACUACAAUUAUACAAGAUAAUUUAAUUAAGAAAUUAUUCUCCAAUUAUCAAUAUAUUAAAUCUCAAUCAAGUGGUAAAUUAACUCAAUUUUUAAAUUUUAUAAAUUAUGGUUAUAUGAUUGAUAAUGUUAUAUUAAUGAUUACCGGUACAUUACACGAAAGAGAUAAAUCUGACAUUUUAAAGAAAUGUAACCCAUUAGGUUGGUUUGCUACUUUACCUACAUUAACUAUUGCUACCGAUUUAGAAAGUCUUUACUCAACUGUGUUGAUAGAUACUCCAUUAGCUCCAUUUUUUAAAAAUUGUAUAUCACCAGAUGACUUAGAUGAUUUAAAUAUUGAAAUUAUUAGAAAUAAAUUAUAUAAAAAUUAUUUAGAAAGUUUUUAUAAUUGGGUAAAUGAAAAUUUUGAUGAACCUGAUAAAUCAAUAAUGACAAGAAUUUUAAUUUUAGAGGCUGAUAAAAGAAUUAUAAAUAUUACAUUAAAUUCAUUAAAUAAUUCAGAAUUAUCAAAUCAAGAUAAAAUUGAUUUAUAUCCAAAUUUUGGUAAAUUAUAUACAAAUAAUUAUAUUAAUGAAUUAAGUGAAGUUGAUGAUUAUGAACAACUAAAAUCUAUAGUUGAGAAUAUUGGUGAAUAUCAACAAAUUUUUUCAGAAAAUAAUGAUAAACUUAAAAAUAUUGGUGAUUGGUUUUAUUACCUUGAAAUGGAAUUAUGUAGAAAUACAUUUACCCAACAAUUUACGUUAAGUACAAUUUAUGCAUGGUUAAAAUCAAAAGAACAAGAAAUUAGAAAUAUAACCUGGAUUGCCGAAUGUAUUGCUCAAAAUCAAAAGAAUAGAAUAG